ACACAUAUACAACAACAACAAAAAAAAGGUAUGUAAGUAAAGACAGAAGCACAUAUAAAUAAGAGAAACCUACAAGUCCACUUCUCUAAGAAGAUUUGUUCAGCAGGCGCACACACACACACACACGCCAAAACACAAAAAACACUAAAACAAAACCCUUCAAGAACAUUUAAUAUUUUUUAUAUAUACCAAAAGAAAAGAAAAAAAAGGAAUGGAUCUUGAUUUAAUACAAGAUCUGCCAAUCUUGAAGUUCCCACCAGCCAUCAAGAUCGUCCGAUCCAACAACAGAGAUGAUGAUGAUGACUGCGGCGGCGGCGGCGGCUGCACCACUCCUACUUCCUCCGACCACAAGAUUCCUCCAACCACCGCCACUACUCCUCCUCCUCCGCCGCAGAAACCCCGCCCACCCUCGACGCCUUCGUCUCUCGGCGUCAGAUCUUGCAAGAGGAAGCUUAUGACGUCAUUGUCUAAGUACGAGAUCAUUGUCAACAAAGAUGAGAUCGAGCGCUUCUUCUCCUCCGUUUACAACCAGACGACGAUGACCUCAUCCACCACCACCAAGCGGCGGAGAAGUUUCCGUUCUUGUUCGCAAAGAUGAUCAAUUAUUGGAAAAUUUCACUAAAGGUUCCAUAAUUUCCAAUAGUCUUUUUUUUUUUUUUAAUUUGCGAUUUUUUUAAAAUUUGAUGUAAUGUGUUUUAAUCAACUUUACACGUCGACCCACUCUAUAAAUAUACAUGUGCGAUCGAUCGAUGGAAUCUUUUGUUUCUUUUUUUACUAAAUUUUUGCUAUCCCUAUAGCUCUUUUGAAUA